GCCGCCUUCAGUUCAGCUCCGGCCGCCGCGCCGCCUGGCUCUGGUAUUCCUUGUUCUCGGCGGGCUCUGGGGGCUCUGCUCCGCGGCCGUUAGUCAUGUCGGAUUCUGGAAGUUACGGUCAGUCCGGGAGUGAGCAGCAAAGUUAUUCUUCCUAUGGAAAUCAAGGCAACCAAGGUUAUGGACAAGCACCACAAAACUAUUCUGGUUAUGGGCAAGCGACAGAUUCAUCAUAUGGACAGAAUUAUGGUGGCUACUCCAGUUAUGGACAGAGCCAAUCAGGUUAUUCACAGUCUUAUGGUGGUUAUGAGAAUCAAAAGCAAAGUUCAUAUGGCCAGCAAUCUUACAAUAACCAAGGACAGCAAAACACGGAAUCAUCAGGAAGCCAAGGUGGAAGAGCGCCUUCAUAUGACCAGUCAAACUAUGGUCAACAAGAUUCAUAUGACCAACAGUCAGGUUAUGAUCAACAUCAAGGCUCAUAUGAUGAUCAUUCAAAUUAUGAUCAGCAGCAUGAUUCCUAUAAUCAAAACCAGCAGUCCUACCAUUCACAAAGGGAAAAUUAUAGCCACCACACACAAGAUGACCGUCGUGACAUGAGUAGGUAUGGAGAAGAUAAUAGAGGAUAUGGCGGGUCACAGGGAGGAGGUAGAGGGCGUGGGGGAUAUGACAAGGAUGGAAGAGGUCCUAUGAUGGGAUCAAGUGGUGGUGACCGCGGUGGCUUCAAAAAUUUUGGUGGUCACAGGGAUUAUGGACCCAGACCAGAUGCUGAUUCAGAAUCUGAUAAUUCAGAUAACAACACAAUUUUUGUGCAAGGACUUGGGGAGGGUGUAUCUACAGAUCAAGUAGGGGAGUUCUUUAAACAAAUAGGAAUUAUCAAGACAAAUAAGAAGACUGGAAAACCAAUGAUAAAUCUAUACACAGACAAGGAUACAGGGAAACCUAAAGGGGAGGCAACAGUGUCAUUUGAUGAUCCUCCUUCAGCUAAGGCAGCCAUUGACUGGUUUGAUGGGAAAGAAUUCCAUGGUAACAUUAUUAAAGUGUCCUUUGCUACCAGAAGACCUGAAUUCAUGAGAGGAGGAGGAAGUGGAGGAGGGCGGCGAGGUAAGAUACUUGUUUCUAAUGGCCUGAUUGGUUUGCAUUUCUACCUUGCAGAUUUCCGGGGAAGAGGCUACGGUGGAGAGAGGGGCUACAGAGGUCGUGGGGGUAGAGGUGGAGACCGAGGUGGCUACGGAGGAGACAGAAGUGGGGGUGGUUAUGGUGGAGACAGAAGUGGGGGUGGUGGCUAUGGAGGAGACAGAAGUGGGGGUGGCUAUGGUGGAGACAGAAGUGGGGGUGGCUACGGUGGGGACAGAGGAGGCGGUUAUGGUGGGAACCGAGGAGGCGGCUAUGGAGGAGACCGAGGAGGUGGCUAUGGAGAUCGAGGAGGUGGUUAUGGAGGAGACCGGAGUGGUGGCUAUGGAGGAGACCGAGGUGGCUACGGUGGAGACCGAGGAGGUUACGGUGGAGACCGAGGCGGCUACGGUGGAGACCGAGGAGGCUACGGUGGAGACCGCGGCGGCUACGGUGGAGACCGCGGCGGCUACGGUGGAGACCGCGGCGGCUACGGUGGAGACCGCGGCGGCUACGGUGGAGACCGCGGCGGCUACGGAGGAGACCGCGGCGGCUACGGAGGAGACCGUGGUGGCUACGGAGGAGACAGAAGUGGGGGGGGCUAUGGAGGAGACCGUGGUGGUGGCAGCGGCUACGGUGGAGAUCGAAGUGGAGGCUACGGGGGAGAUAGGAGUGGUGGUGGCUAUGGAGGAGACCGAGGUGGGGGAUAUGGAGGAGACCGAGGAGGCUAUGGAGGCAAAAUGGGAGGAAGAAACGACUACAGAAAUGAUCAGCGCAACCGACCAUACUGAUGACUGUUUUGAAUGUUCCUUUGUCUCUGACAUGAUCCAUAGUGAAAUUGCCAGAGUUUUGCCUGCUGCUUUCCUCGUGGCCUCUUCUUGGGUAGUGAAAUUAAGUGACAUUUGGAUUUUUAUUUGGGUGGGAGGGCCGGGACAGUUUUUCUUUUAGAAAUGUCCACUGAAAUUUCCCCUUUAGUUUCCAACCUUCUUCCCAACCCUUGAAGCUAAGUGCGUUGUAAAAUAUUGCCAAAAUGGAAAGUGUUUUGUAAUACUGCAAUAAAGGCUGCUUGUUUUGUGGA